CGAGUGUGCUGAGAGCGCAGAGGGGCGAGGAAUCCUGGGGAUAAUUUCGCAGCAACCCUAAGCACCGGCUGUCUCAUCCCGAUCCCCCGAGAGUUCGCUUACUUGGUCAUUUUUUAAAAUCCGGUUUGGUAAUUUUGUCCCCUUUUCUGGACGUCUUUUCUCAUCAAACAGCGAUGCGGCUGGUGGCUACCCUGCCCAGCGCUGCUUUCCUGCUGUGUAUCUCUCUGGUAUCCUGCCGCUGUCCUGGCACAUGCCGCUGCCCCCCGGGCCCACCUCGCUGCCCUCCCGGCAUCAGUAUGGUGCUGGACGACUGCCAUUGCUGCCAAGUCUGCACCCGGCAACUCAACGAGGACUGUGACGCGCUCUCGCCCUGCGACCCCCACAAGGGCCUAGAGUGCAAUUUUGGGGCCGACCCCUUGGCUAGCCGGGGCAUCUGUUGGGCAAAGCAAGAAGGUCGCACUUGUGAAUACAACGGUCGGAUCUACCAGAACGGGGAGAAUUUUCAGCCCAGCUGUAAACAUCAGUGUACUUGCAUUGACGGGGCUGUGGGUUGCCAGCCGCUCUGCCCGCUAGAGCUGCCCCUGGUCUCCUUGGGCUGCCCCAGUCCCCGGCUCCUUAAGGUACCUGGUCAGUGCUGCAAGAAGUUUGUGUGCAGCAAAGGACCCAAGACCUACGGAGAGGUGACCUUGGAGUACAACUCCAUCGGAGAAGCCAAUGGCAAUGAGCUCAUCCACGUGGGCAAAGGCGGACACUGGAAAAACCUGCCAGCCUGGAGGCCGCACUUCCAGAGUCAUGUGGCCAAACAGCAGCACAAAUGCUUGGCUCAGACCACAGACUGGUCGCCGUGCUCAAAGAGCUGUGGUUUUGGCCUCUCUGCCCGCGUCACCAGUGACAACCCCCAAUGCAAACUCAUCAAAGAGACCCGGCUGUGCCAGAUCAGGCCCUGUGGGCAAGCUGAUUUUACCAAGCUAAAGAAGGGCAAGAAGUGCCUGAGGACGCACAAAGUGCGGGAGCCCGUGAGGUUCAGCUAUGCCGGCUGCAAGAGCCCACGCCGCUACCAGCCCAGUUUCUGUGGGGCCUGCCUGGAUGGCCGGUGCUGCAUGCCCUUGCGCACUCGCACCCUGAGCGUGCCCUUCCGUUGCCCUGACGGGAGCUCCUUCUCCAAGAAUGUCAUGAUGAUCCACACAUGCCAGUGCAGCCCAGCUCACUGCCCGCUGCUCAGUGACGCUGCCAUGGGCCCCCAGUACCAGCUCCGUGGAGACGUGCACAAGUUCCUGGAGUGAUGGCGUACCCUCUGCUGGCGGCUUGCUGCGCC